AGGCCCAGCAAGUGUUUCCAACCACUUCUAUCGUCCAGAAAUCUGCCCUCUGUCAUUGCCAACCUCCAGCACGUGUUCACCUGCUCAUUCCUUCGGCAAUAGUCGCACCAACCGCGUUGGAGCUGACCUGGCAGGCCACCCCUCCCCCGCCAAUCUCCCACAGGACGGGAACGCCAAGUCCCUCCCGCUGCAUCCACUCCACCAGCGAGCGCUAUGGAUUUGACCUCCAAACCCAUCUUUCCCAGAUGGCCAUCAGGGCCUCCUCCCCACAAGGCUGCAUGAACAUGUUGCUAGAAGUUUAUAUGUGAUCACUUCGCCCCCCGGGUUGAAGCCUCCAGUGGCCCCCAGGCCCAGGGGGUCUGUGCCGGGAGCGUGCCCCGCCGCUGGGCCUGCAACCCCGGGCCCGGCAGCCGGCAGCGCCAGCGCUUCUGCGGAGGUCACUCAAGACGCGGCCGGGCUUCUGGCAGUGCGGAACUGGGCACGCGGAGCACGUUUCCGGCCGGGAGGCGUCCGUGGUGCCGCGGCGGGGCAGGACUUCCGGCGCGGCGCGGAAGCGGCGGCGGCGCUGGGACAGGUUCGGCGCACGGAUGCUGGCUGCGCGGCACGUCGUGUGCGCCCUGUCCGGUGGCGUGGACAGCGCCGUGGCCGCGCUGCUGCUGAGGCGGAGAGGUUACCAAGUGACAGGAGUGUUUAUGAAGAACUGGGACUUGCUGGAUGAACAUGGGGUUUGCACUGCCGACAAAGACUGCGACGAUGCCUACAGAGUGUGCCAAAUCCUAGACAUCCCUUUCCAUCAAGUGUCCUAUGUGAAGGAGUAUUGGAAUGACGUGUUCAGUGAUUUCUUAAAUGAAUAUGAAAAAGGAAGAACUCCCAAUCCUGACAUAGUCUGCAACAAGCAUAUCAAAUUCCGUUGUUUUUUUCAUUAUGCCGUCGAUAAUCUGGGAGCAGAUGCAGUUGCCACAGGUCACUAUGCAAGAACAUCCCUGGAAGAUGAAGAAGUCUUCCAGCAGAAGUACAUUAAGAGGCCAGAAGGGCUUUUCAGAAAUCGAUUUGAAGUUAGAAAUGCGGUAAAACUUCUCCAAGCAGCUGACAGCCUUAAAGACCAGACCUUCUUUCUCAGCCAGGUUUCCCAGGAUGCCCUGAGGAGAACCCUCUUCCCUCUGGGGGGAUUAACGAAAGAUUUUGUAAAGAAAAUAGCUGCCGAGAAUAGACUUCAUCACGUGCUUCAGAAAAAAGAGAGCAUGGGGAUCUGUUUCAUCGGUAAGAGAAAUUUUGAACGUUUCAUCCUUCAGUAUUUACAGCCCCAGCCUGGUAAAUUCAUCUCCAUAGAAGACAGCAAAGUUCUGGGAACACAUAAAGGUUGGUUCCUGUAUACUUUGGGCCAGAGGGCCAAGAUCGGGGGCCUGCGCGAGCCCUGGUAUGUGGUGGAGAAGGACAGCGCCAAGGGCGACGUGUUUGUGGCCCCACGGACAGACCACCCGGCCCUGUACAGGGACCUGCUGCGGACCAGCCGCGUGCACUGGAUUGCCGAGGAGCCGCCCGCUGCCCUGGUCCGGGACAAGAUGAUGGAGUGCCACUUCCGGUUCCGCCACCAGAUGGCGCUAGUUUGCUGUGUUCUACAAAGGAGAAGAGUGUCUGGGCAGCGGGAAAAUCCUGCGCUUGGGGCCGUCCACCUACACACUCCAGAAGGGCAAGUCCCGAGGGGCCCCCGAGGGCUCUGGCGAUGGCCUGGGCAGUGGCUCAGGCUUGGGUCCCACGCUCUGACACAGGCUGGACUGCUGCUGAGUGCCCGGGAGUAGCCGAGGCAAAACAGCUGGCGCUGGGCAGCCAAGGGAGCUUGGCCGUGUCUGCCAGGCUGCCUGAGAUUCCGGAAGGCCUGCAGAGCCAGGCAGGGCCCCAGGAAGGCCGCCCUGUCUUCUCCAGGUCAGAGCUCCAGUCAGAGGGACUCGCUGGCUAGAGGGAGCUCCUCUUUCACACCCCAGGGAAGAAUUCCUUCCUGGGAGCAUGGGAGGGGCCACAGGGACAGCAUCAAAUAAAGUCCUGUCUGGGACAUGGAUUCUGACGGUGGCCUCCAGUGGGGUGACACGCUGGCCCCUCUGCAAGUGUGGAGGGGACCCCCCUGGCUAGCCCUCCCUCCUCCCCCCGAGGUCCCAGCCCCGUGUUUGAAGCUGUGCUCAGUCACCUGUGGCAGAGGGUGUGUGCUGGGCCCCGAGCUCGGUCCCAGCUUACCAGGUUGUGCUUGAGGGAGGAAGAAGCCUUGAGUGUGAGGUGGAAGGCUGCUGCUCAGAGGCCACUGCUCUGCAGAGGAGCUGGCACCCUGGCCUUUUAGUCCUUCAUCCCAGGAAGGAGUUUCUGUGAUGUGGGGGGAUGGGAGGGCGCGUGUGUGCACACACGAGCUUGCGUGUCUGUACAUCUGGGCUGCCUAACAAAAUACCCCAGACUGGGCGGCACAAACAGAUGUCUCUCUCGCAGUGUGGAGGCUGAAAGUCUGAGGUCAGGGCACCAGCGUGGCCGAGUGACGGUCCUCUUAGCAUGCACAGAUGGUGCCUUUGUGUCCCCACGUGGCGGAGGGUGCAGGGAGCUCCCUGGGCCCUCGAAGGGCGUUCAUCUCGUUCAGGAGGGCUCCACCCUCAUGACCUAAGCACCUUCUGAAGGGGCCCUCCCUGCGGGUCCCAGCCGUCACACCGGGAGCCGGCUUCCAGCCUGGGGAUUUGGGGGCACGCAGACUUGCUGCGGUUCUUGGGAGAGCGUGUGUGUGUGCUGCACGGAGAGGGUGGCUCGGGCAGGCCGAGAGCUGCUGGCAGAUGAGGAUGACGGACCUCAGCACCAGCUGAGCUGAGUGGACGGUACGCUUGGCUGGGCAUUUUGGUCACCCCUGAGCCCUAGGCGAGCGUCACCGCGCUGCAGGUGUUCAGAGAGGCCGCUGAGCCGCAGCUCCAGGACAGGGGCGGGAGGUGUGGAGAUGCGCGGCUCCGCCUCCCCACCUGCCCCCAUGGCCUCUGGGCCGGGGCAGGAGUUGCUGGCUGGGCCGGCCAGAAAUUGGUCCUUCCUAGGGAGGGCAUGUGUCUGCGUUCCCCCUGCCUCCGGUUCCCUGCCCUGGGGGUGCUAAGGCAGGGCUGCUGCCCAGUUCGGGUCUCUGUGUGCCCAGCCAGCUGCCCUGGGCCUGGGGAUGGGUGAGCCACAGGCUGCGUCCCUUCCACUGACUACAGCCCAGCAUUCUUGGUGCUUCCCACCAGGCUCUGUGGGGCUAGAAAUGGUUGCCUGUCUCCUGUGGAUGGAAGGUUCUAGGCCAGAGGCCACAUGGUCUGCUGGUGCUGAGCCUCUGGGAGAGCCCGGGGUGAAGGGGCAGAUGAGAAGCCCUUCCAGGGCCCAGAAGCCGCGAAUGCUGAACACUGGGCCUGCUGGGGGCAGCAAGGCAGCCCAGGGCCCGGUGCCCCAGGUCAGAGGCCCCCCCGGGAGGCAGAGCCCACACCUGACCACAGGGAGGACCCUGAAGUGGGCAACAGGAGUCUUGGUCCCAGAGCGCGACCGUGGGCUUCCUUCUGAGCAGCGGGGAGGCCUAGGCAGGGUUCCCAGCAGGGAUCCCCCGAUCCUUGUGAGGUU